AUCCACUCGGAAUCGGAUGACUCGGAUGAGGGGGACGGCUCCAUCAAGUACACUAUCUCCGGGGAGGGCGCAGGGACUAUCUUCCUCAUCGAUGAGAUCACAGGUGACAUCCAUGCCACCGAGCGCCUGGACCGGGAGCAGAAAACCUUCUACACACUGCGGGCUCAGGCCCGCGACCGGCAGACGGACCAGCUGCUGGAGCCUGAGUCAGAGUUCAUCAUCAAGGUGCAGGACAUCAACGACAGCGAGCCACGCUUCCUGGAGGGGCCCUACAUUGGCAGUGUGGCUGAGCUGUCCCCCAUCGGCACCUCUGUGAUGCAGGUGAUGGCAUCUGAUGCUGAUGACCCCACAUACGGGAGCAGUGCCCGCGUAGUCUACAGUGUGCUGGAGGGCGAGCAGCACUUUACUGUGGACAGUAAAACAGGUGUGAUCCGGACAGCCGUGCCUGACCUGGACCGUGAGACGCAGGACCGGUAUGAGGUGGUGAUUCGUGCAACGGACAUGGCAGGACAGCUGGGUGGCCUGUCUGGAUCCACCACAGUCACCAUUGUAGUCACCGAUGUCAAUGACAACCCACCACGCUUCCCUCAGAAGAUGUAUCAGUUCAGCAUUGUUGAAACUGCCCCUGUGGGCACUGCCAUCGGGAGGGUGAAGGCAGAGGACUCUGACGUCGGGGAGAACACGGACAUGAUGUAUCAGGUGAAGGACGAGGAAGGGGUGGAGAUGUUCAAAGUCACCACAGACAGCAAUACCCAAGAGGCUGUCAUCACGGUGCAGAAGCCUCUUGACUACGAGUCGAAAAAAGUGCACACUGUCGUGGUGGAGGCCCUCAACAAGUUUGUGGACCCGCGGUUCGUGGACCUGGGCACCUUCCGGGACCAGACCAUUGUGCGGGUCUCAGUGCUGGACGUCGACGAGCCCCCCGAAUUCCGGCCCCCCUCCAACCUGAUGGAGGUCCAGGAGGAUGCGCGCGUUGGCUCUGUCGUAGGGGUGGUCACCGCCCUUGACCCGGACACAGCGAACCAUCCUGUCCGGUACGCCAUUGACCGCAGCACAGAUGCAGAGAGGAUCUUUGACAUCGAUGCCAACACGGGUGCCAUUGUGACAGGAAAGGUCCUGGACCGGGAGACGGCAGGGUGGCACAACAUCACUGUCCUGGCGAUGGAAGCAGAUAAUCACUCACAGGUGUCAAGAGCCUCUCUCCGUAUCCGUAUCCUGGACGUGAACGACAAUCCGCCCGAGCUCGCCACCCCCUAUGAAGCUGCUGUGUGUGAGGAUGCCAAGCCAGGCCAGCUGAUCCAGACAAUAAGCGUUGUGGACCGUGAUGAGCCUCAGAGCGGCCAUCAUUUCUACUUCACACUGGCACCUGAAGCCACCAACAACCACCAUUUUUCGCUGCUAGAUAUUAAGGACAACACGGCUGCGGUGCACACGCAAAGAAUGGGCUUCAAUCGCCAGGAGCAGGACGUGUACUUGCUCCCCAUUUUGGUGGUGGACAGUGGCCCCCCGGCCCUCAGCAGCACGGGGACUCUGACCAUCCGCAUCUGCGGCUGUGACAGCAAAGGGAAGGCCAUCCAGUCCUGCAACAGCACAGCCUAUGUCGUGUCAGCUACGCUGAGCCCUGGUGCCCUCAUCGCGCUGCUGGUGUGCGUCCUCAUUCUGGUCGUGCUGGUCCUUCUAAUCCUCACACUGAAGCGACACCACAAAAGUCACCUGACAUCCGAGGAUGACGAGGACAUGAGGGACAAUGUCAUCAAAUACAAUGAUGAAGGGGGUGGCGAGCAGGACACAGAGGCCUAUGACAUAGACUAUAUCUGCAAGAAGGUGGAGCAGGCGGAUGAGGACUUCUCCGUGCCGCCCUAUGACUCGUUCCAGACCUACGCCUUCGAGGGCUCGGACUCCCCCGUGCCCUCCCUGAGCUCCAUCAACACCUG